AGGUUCCCAGCACCGCCCCUGUUCCGCUAGCGCAGCCAUUCCGCGAGUCCGACGCACGCAAAUUCCUGCGAACGAAGGAGAACGUGACUGGAAUCCCAGUCCUCGCACUCGCGCUUCGAACCCGUCUGGAGGUGCCGCCUGGAGAGCGCAGCCAUGCCGCCUCCACCGCUGCCGCUGCCGGGGUCGGGAUCCGGCCCGGCGCUUGGGGCGUCUUCCUGCCGGCGGAUGUUGCUGCUCGCCGCCGUCCUCUUGGCGACGCUGUGCCCAGCGACGGCCAUCGACUGCUUCAAGUGCGUGUCGGUGAACGGCAGCUACCGGCCGUGCGACGACCCCUUCCACAACAACUACUCGGACAGCAUCCUGGAGGCGCCUUGCAUGGGCGGCCGCAAGGGUCGCAACGGCGUCUUCCCCGCCACCGCCUGCAUCAAGCUCGUCGGCGUCUUCGAUAAUGGAACACGUAUCACAGUUCGCACAUGUGCCCUGGACAGUGGUACACUCACUACUGACACUGAAAUCAUCCGCAUGUCUCAUUGUGGAGGUUUCUACUUCGAUGGCGGCUACGUCCGUGGUUGCCUUCAGAGCUGUGAUGAUGCUGAUGCUUGCAAUGUGGCACCAGUGGCAAUGACCUCAUUGCCUAUGGUGCUUAUGGUUUCAUCCAUUCUUACAUUCAUCAUCACGACUUUCAGAUAAUAGUGAGCCCUCACCAGUACACCAACACAUCAGUUGGAACUACUAUCUUCCAAAAGGUCCAACUGUCCAAUGUGAGCUGAGUGGUUCAUUAAAUCCUAUAAAAACUCUCUUCCCAAAAGUACUUAAUGUCAACACAGGAAAAAUGUGAACUGUUUUGUAUGGUGAACAUAAGGAAGAAAGUGGAGGCCUUUUGCUAUAAUGUGGACAAUAACACACACUGCGGCACCAAGCAGCUCUCUCUCACUUAAUGAACUAUCAAGUGCACAAGUUACUCUUGCACUAAAAUUAAAAAAUGCACAAACCACCAAUAAGUGUUGUGCACAAAAUAUAUUUUACAUAACUGUAUGUAUGUGUGUGUGUAUAUAAAUAUAUUAAUAUGACUAAUGUGGACCAAACAACAAUAUAUUUCUAACAUUAGAUGUUAUUUUUAGAGUUCAAAAGCUGUCAACACUAAACACAAAAUAUUUAGCUCAGAGUAACCAGCAAAUGUGUUUUUGAAAUACAUUUAACUGUGGUAACUCUGUAAGAUGAUGACAUGAAUAUAUUCAAGCUUUUAUAUCAAUAUUUAUUUUGAUAACUGCCUUAACUGUGUUUAGAUUUCUUUUGUUGAAGGAAAGGGAGUAUGUGUCCUGAGAAAAUAAACAGCUCUGUUGAUAACCAUAGCAUAACAUGUCUAGCAGUUUCACAAUGGAUAAAUAUUUUAUUAACUGAAAAUGUUAGAGUAAAGGUUGAUUCACAGCCUGUUCUGGCUUACCAUAGAAUAAUUUUGUCAGUGGUAGCCAGAAUACUACAAUAUCAUUAAAUGUGGAUCCUCAUUUUAUCAUAAUCAAUAUACCUGAUUGAUCAAGUCUUUGGUGCUGGAUAAAAGUGACACAUCAGUAAUUCUUUUAUAAUUCAUCUUA